AGCGCUGGAUAGCAGGAGACUGAGUGUGUGUGAGUGAGAGUGUGUGUGUGUGUGUGUCCCUGCACCGAUCCUGACUCUGCAACUUACCAGGCUGCAACUUGAAUCACCAGGAAUCUCAAUGAGCCUCAAGUGAAAGUGUCGGGAUCGGAGCCACUCGUCCGUCUCCAGCUUCGCGGUUUGGUUUGGUGAUGGUGAACUAGUGUGUUCUGAGGACCUUAUAGACUGGAUGUGGUUGUAACUAUGGUUACGUCUGGGUGGGGGGCGUGGCCCCUCCCCCCCUCUGGGCUCAUGCUCUUUGUCUGUUUGUCCGUCUGCCUGUCCCGGCAGCCCGAUGCGAAACCUGCAGACUGCAAUAGAAAGGAACAUCCUGCCGUGUCUUACCAAGCGCUGAGGCCGUGGUUAUCGGAGUUUUCCCGUCCAGGAGUGAGGGACUUCUCCCAGCUGGCCCUGGACCUGACCAGGAACCAGCUCGUCGUUGGAGCAAGAAACUACCUUUUCCGGCUGAGUUUGAGCAACGCCUCCCUCAUCCAGGCAGCAGAGUGGGGCCCCGAUGACGACACCAGGCGCUCCUGUCAGAGCAAAGGGAAGACCGAGGAGGAGUGUCAGAACUACAUCCGGGUUUUGCUGAUCAGCGGCAGGAAGCUGUUCACCUGCGGGACCAACGCCUUCACGCCCGUCUGCUCCACCAGACAGAUUGGUAACAUCAGUCGGGUCGUGGACACGGUGAACGGCGUCGCCCGAUGCCCCUACGACCCGCGCCACAACUCCACCGCCAUGGUAACAGAGAAGGGCGAGUUGUACGCCGCAACAGUCAUCGACUUCUCGGGUCGUGACCCCGUCAUCUACCGGAGCCUGGGGAACAUGCCGCCGCUGCGCACGGCCCAGUACAACUCCAAGUGGCUGAACGAGCCUCACUUUGUGUCGGUGUACGAGGUCGGCCUCUUCGUCUACUUCUUCCUGCGCGAGAACGCCGUCGAGCACGACUGCGGGAAGAUGGUGUUCUCGCGCGUGGCCCGGGUGUGCAAGAACGACAUCGGCGGGCGCUUCCUGCUGGAGGACACCUGGACCACCUUCAUGAAGGCGCGGCUCAACUGCUCGCGCUCGGGGGAAAUCCCUUUUUACUACAACGAGCUGCAGAGCACCUUCUACCUGCCGGAGCAGGACCUGAUCUACGGCAUCUUCACCACCAACGUGAACAGUAUAUCGGCCUCUGCUGUAUGUGCCUUCAACCUGAGCUCCAUCACCCAGGCCUUUGACGGACCUUUUCGAUACCAGGAGAACCCCCGCACCGCCUGGCUCUCAACCCCCAACCCCAUACCCAACUUCCAGUGCGGCACCCUGGAGGAAGGAGGCCCCGGGGAGAACCUGACCGAGCGCAGCCUUCAGGACGCCCAGCGGCUCUUCCUGAUGAACGACGUGGUCCAGCCGGUGACUGUCGACCCGCUGCUCACCCAGGACAACCUGCGCUUCUCCAAGCUGGUCGUGGACAUCGUGCAGGGCCAGGACACCCUCUACCACGUCAUGUACAUCGGCACUGAAUACGGCACCAUCUUGAAGGCUCUCUCGACGACCAAUAAAAGCCUUCGGGGCUGCUACCUGGAAGAGAUGAGGCUCCUCCCCGAAGGCGAGAGUGGGACAAUCAAGAGCCUGCAGAUCCUGCACAGCGACAGGUCUUUAUUCGUGGGCCUUGAUGACCGGCUGCUGAAGAUCCCGUUAGAGCGCUGCUCCAGCUAUUCCACAGAACGGCAUUGCUUAGGCUCUCGGGACCCUUAUUGUGGCUGGGAUCGCAAACAACAGCGCUGCACCACCAUCGAGGAAAGCUCCAACAUGAACCAGUGGACCCAGAACAUCACUGACUGCCCGGUGAGGAACCUGACGCAGGACGGCGGGUUUGGCCCCUGGGCGCCAUGGCAACCCUGCAACCAUAACGACGGCGAGGGCUCCGUCAGCAGCUGCGUGUGCCGGUCUCGGUCGUGCGACGGCCCGGCGGCCCGGUGCGGCGGGGCCGAAUGCAAGGGCCCGACCAUCCAGGUGGCAAACUGCUCCAGGAACGGAGGCUGGACCCCCUGGUCGUCGUGGGGCCAGUGCAGCACCAGCUGUGGCAUCGGCUUCGAGGUCCGGCAGCGGUCCUGCAACAAUCCCUCACCUCGCCACGGCGGGCGAAUCUGUGUUGGCCAGGGCCGAGAGGAGCGGCUGUGCAACGAAAAGACCCCCUGCCCCCAGCCGGUGCUGUGGACGGCCUGGGGCCCCUGGGCUCGCUGCAGCGCUGACUGCGGAGGGGGCGUCCACUCCAGGACCCGAGUCUGCGAGAACGGCAACAGCUGUCCUGGAUGUGCUACGGAGUAUAAGGCGUGCAACCUGGAGGCCUGCCCCGAGGUGCGCCGCAACACCCCCUGGACGCCCUGGAUGCCGGUCAACGUCAGUCAGGACGGGUCGCGGCAGGAGCAGAGGUCCCGCUACACCUGCCGGGCGCUGCUGCCCGACCCGCAGCAGCUGCAGCUCGGCAAGAAGAAGGUGGAGACCCGGAUCUGCCCGAACGACGGCUCCGGAGCCUGUCAGAGCAACCCUCUGGCCGAAGACUUUGUGAAGACCAGCGGCCGACCUCCGGCCCGGUCCCAGGGCGCACGCUGGGGAUCCUGGGAAACGUGGUCCGGCUGCUCCCAGCAGUGCUCCAAAGGCUUCCGAACCCGCAAGCGUAGCUGCUCGACGGCGGAGGGACGGACCAACCCCAACGCCUGCCUGGGGUCACCGGUGGAGUAUCAGGACUGCAACCCUCAGCCCUGCCCAGUGAGCGGCGCCUGGUCCUGCUGGUCGUCCUGGUCCCAGUGCUCGGCCAGCUGUGGGGGGGGGCACUACCAGCGAACCCGCACGUGCAGCAGCCCCCCCCCUGCCAAUGGAGGAGACAUCUGCAUUGGCCUGCACACCGAGGAGGCGCUGUGCAACACACACACCUGCGAGGUUCGGGGCGGGUGGACAGAGUGGGGAGAUUGUGAUGACGACGGCCUGCAGCAUCGGAGCCGCCUGUGUGGCGAGGACCGCGAGGCCGAUGCCGGCCCGUGCCACAGCAACGUCACCCAGUCCCGGCCGUGCCAGCCUCACGAGGUGCCAGUCAUUUUACCUGGACAAGAUGAGCAGCACUGUGGAACCUUCACCCUGUUCCAGUUGGUGGCGGUGGGCUCGGCCAGUUUCUUCACCGCGGUGCUGUUGUCAGUGCUGGGCUACGCGUACUGCCAGCGUCUGAACCGGCCGUCGGCGGAGUCGGCGGUCAUCCACCCCAGCACGCCCAAUCACCUCACCUACAACAAGCAGGGCAACGCCACGCCAAAGAACGAGAAGUACACCCCCAUGGAGUUCAAGACGCUGAACAAGAACAACCUGCACGUGAACGACGAGACGUGCAACUACUUCACGUCGCCGCUGCCCUCCAGCAACGUGUACACCACCACCUACUACCCGCCCAGCCUCAGCAAGUACGACUUCCACCCGGACUCGCCCUGCAGGAACUACAUGCACAGCUGAGGGGCGGCCCGGCUCGCAAAACAAAUGCACCCUAACCCUCCUCCACCACCACCACCACCACAAGCGCCACCGCCUUGAGCUCUGUCUUCUCUUAAAGGGUACACCAAAUUUUCAGGAGCUUGUCUUGAAUCAUCCAUUUGUGGUUUGUGGGCUCCACUGCUCCAUGCUAACACUUUAACAUAUGUUAUGUUAUGGGAUGGUAGCUACCAUUAGCAUUAGCAUUAUGUAAUUAAAAGUUGUUAGUGUUUUUUUUUUAAUUAUAUGCUUACAGAUUCAUCACAUUAAAAAGAAAGAUAAUUAAAGAAUUGUUAUGAUAAAUAAUAAACAAUAUGGUUUAUUGGUAUAGCACUUAUCCAAACUAGCGCUAAUACAUAAAAAACACAAUAAAACACACAGUAAUUUAUAAAAUGGGAAGACAUAAGGAAUAAUAAAAUGUAAAAGACAAAAGGCAUCAGCUGGAGUUAUUUUUCAAACUGUUUUACAUGAGCGACGGUGAUUUUUAGCUGCACGCAGUUUCCCACUCAAUUUCAGUCUUUGUUUUCCAUGGACACAGGAAAAGUAGUCCCUCGCUCAAAACAGUUAAAAAAACAAACAAAUUUUAUGUCAUAUUUGGUGUAAAAUCUACACAUUUUCCACACAGGACUGAUUUGGCCACAUUUUCGCAUUUUCAAGUACUCAUUUCCUCACUUUUGACAUAGUGCUGUUAGCCUGCUAGCAUAAAGCUUAAUGUACUCUCAGUGGUUAACACUCAACAAAAUGUGUCCUAAAGUCUUAGCAUUAGACCAAGCAUCAUUCAACAUAGUUUCUGCUCAAGUUUUAGCACAAACUUUAUCCAUACACAUUCGCAUUAACCUUAAUGUACGCUAAAUGAAGUGUUAGCAUGGAGUGCUGUGGCCAUGUACCCAAAAUGAAUCUCCCAAUACUUGGUGUAUCCCUUUAAAACCCAAAACACUGACACAAUAUAAUUCAUUUCUGCUUUAUCAGUCAACACAGAGUGGAAAGUGAUACCAGCGGACAUGUGAGGGAACUCAUAAUGUAACACAACACAUAGAGAGCUGCAUGAUACCAUUUACAGGAAAUGUGAUAUAAACCUCAUGAUGGAGUCCGAUGCUCAUAAUGCAGAGAAACUCUGGACACAUAAUGCAAUACCAACCCAAAAGUAAUAGAAUAAGCAGUGAAAAACCAGGCAAAUUUAUUUGGAAUGCCAUAUUUGAUUAAGUUAAAUGUAAAAAAGUGAAAUAUAAACAAAAAGGAACAGUUGGGCAAACAUUCUCCAUUAAGACAGACAGGUAGCAAUUACAAUUAUGAUUUUAAAGCCAAAGCACUGAACUUUUAUAUGUGAGUAAACACACAUUAUGCUCAAUCUUAAAUAAGGUGGGUUAUAUUGGAUAUUGCCUCCAUUCCUACUGUUUUCUGUGGGGGAGGGAGAUUCGAUUUUCGCCAGAAUAAUCACUAGAGACCAACUUAAAAUAAAUUAGUUGUCAUGUAAUUAAGUAAGUCAGUAAAGUUUAUUGGUAUAGUACAUUUAAACGCAGCUCAAACUGACCAAAGGACAUGAAAUACAAAGUUAACAAUCAAUAAAUCAACAAGAAACAGCAAAGGACACAUACAGAGUUAUAGACAUGACAACAAAUCAAUAAGUUAUUGAAUAAAAACUUUCACCAAGAAGCAAAAAAGCAAGAAAACAGUUUACAAUAUAACAACCAACAUAAAACACUGAAACAUUAAAUUAUCAGCUAGUAGGAUAUUGCAUUAUGUGUCAACAAAUUUACUCCAUUAUAGACACCUGAUGACAUCGUGAGUUACAUUUUUACACACAUUAUGCACAGUUGUUACAUUAUGAGCUUGCCACAAACAGACACACACAGCGCUGCCGGUACGUGUUGCGUGUGUGUGUCAGUCUCAAAGACACAUGCAGGGUUUUACAUGCAGGAGACGGGACUCCCACCUCACACACCCCGAGGUGCCCUCACCCCUCAGGUGGGCCUGAAGCGAGGUCAGACCCAGAGCCUCCAUGCUCCGGUGAAACUCCAGAUUAAAAGCAAAAGUCUGCAGAACCUGCUUUCCCACCGGAGCGACAAGAGACACUGACCUGCCGGUUAUUAUGACUGUUUUUCUUUUUUUUUUUUUGUUACCAUGAUGUGAUUUUUCUACUUAAAAGAGCCCGUUAUUUUUUGCAGAUGAGUUCAGAGGGCCGACUGUUUGCUAUAGGGCAGCUUGGCUUCCAGUCCUGGAGGAUGAGGUAGAAAACACAGAAAUAAUGUGUUGUGAGGAAAAUCCCAAAAGCUCAUCCUUGACGGAGCGUGCACGGGAGCGAGCAGAGACUUGCAGCUUUCUGUGCAAGUCCGUUUUGUCCUGUUUGCCUUCACGGCUGGCAGAGUUCACUACGGAAAACAACGCCGAGGAAGACGUUUCUGACAGGCCUCGCCAUGCAUGUUGGUGGAUGCGGUGUUUAAGCUCCCCCGUGUUUCCCUCAGCACAUUACAUGAUCUCACGCAGGUACGGGCUAAUCUGUCAGGUGCGUUUGAAUCGCUUGCACGGGAUUCGCCCGCGAGCGCCGGGUUACUGACAGCGGCUCCGUGUCGGUCUCGGCCGAGCAGAUCCCUGGACUGACUGAACAGUAAUGGAGUGCAAAUCUUGUUAUGUGGCUGCACCAGCAUAUAAAAAUAGGGGUAAUUCUCAUUCAAACAGGAGAGGACUGUUUUAAGACACGCCGAGGAGAAAACUGUGUGUCAUCGCCUUCACUUCUCAACUGGAUCUGUUUCAUCGUAAUGUGUCCGGGCAGGAGAAAAUGGCCCAGAUUCCCAAACCCUCACAAAAUGCAUGUCAGCUGUAAUUGGUGUGGAAGGGCCACUUAUUCAUCGCCAUGUCAAAGGGAAAUGUUGUCAGAGGAUAUGAUGCUGCAUUCAUGUCCUGUUGGAAAUAUGGUAAAUGCAAGCCCCGCACUGGAAAAUCUUUGCUUUCAGAUGGAAAAUACAACUAUGAACAUCAUGUUCACCUCAGUUUCAGCUGGUUAAUACUGUGCCUGGCAAUGGACUUCUCCAAAAUGUUAAUGUUCCCAAAUAGGAGACAGCAGUAGGGAAUGAUAAUGGUUUUUAAAAAAUCCAGCAAGACAACUGCAUGCUGGAUUUUUGGCUUGUUGAUAAUGCAGUGUUGAGUUUGUUGUAAAGCAUGAGCUAUCAAAGCUAGGCUCAUGCGUGUUAAAGGAACAGUAAACCAAAAGUAAUUUUUCAUGAAAAAUGAUUUUUAUUAGCAUCAGUGGGUGGAGAAAACAUCACAGAAAUGAUAAUCUGAAGUAAAUGUGCAGCUUUAGAUAGCAUCACAUGUGGAAUUUGUCACAUUAAGUAUCUACUGCACGUGUCCCAAGUAGAAAUUUUUAACAAGCGAGCUCUACAGCACGAUGAUGAAGACUGUACUCAAGAGCAGUUUUUAAGAAAAUCUGUUUUUAACUGGGCUUACUGUCCCUUACUGUCCCUUUAAAGGAAUAAUCCAACCUCUGUGUAUGUUCAGUGGUUCGGUUUCUCCAUAAGAGCCAAACUACGGGGCGCACAGAGUUGAAAACGGUAUUAAACAUCUUGUCUGAGCUCUAAUAAGUCGGAAAAAGAGGAUUUUGCCCAAAACACGGAGUUGGAGUAUUCCUUAAAGUGUGAAAAAGCUAGUCGAGCAACCAAAGUACCUGAAAGUACAAUCCUGACGUCUUGACAGCUUCACGUGAAUUUGAAUGCAUGAACACGUGAGUUUUUAGUUGUUUCGAGGGUUUCUGAAUGCAGCUUGAAGUCGUCAGUCUCCCCGAUGGAUUUUGGACGACGAUAACCGAGGAUAAUGUUUCCAGCUCUCACACAAACAUCAGCAUCACUCUCAGCACCUUUUUUCACCGCUUCAUCAUUUCUCAUAUUUCUGCCACAGCAAAAAGCACUGUUGGGAGAGCAGCGUCUUUCAACAGACUUUGAAUUGGUAUGUGUGUGUGUGAGUGUGUGUGUGUGUGUGUGUGUGUGUGUGUCAUAUGAUCACCCGCGGCUUACAUACAAAUUCAGCUGGUGUACAAGCCAAAAGCGGCAGAAUAAUGAAUUGUAUUAAAUUGGUUGUUCAACCUUGUACCCGUGUAAAACAAGUGAAAAUAUUGAACUCUCCCGUUUUGCCUGAACGCCCCGCGCAUUGACAUUCCACAACAACAACAUCAGUAACGUGUCCUGUAAAGUGUGUGUGUGUGUGUUGCAUACCGUGCGGUUUUUAAAGCCGACCGUCGUAAUUUGUAUUUUGUAAAUAGCCGAGACCAACAAAUGAAUGCAGCUGUUUUUAUUGCCAUUUGCAACGUAAUGUAGCAUGAAACACGCAGCCCUGAUCAUUUAGCUGUCAAAGUAACUGCACAGUCGAUGCUAAAGUCGCAGUUUUUGCUCUGAAUGAUUGUGUGAGAGUGUGUGUGUGUGUGUGUGUGUGUGUGUUUGCAUUUGGGUGCCUGCACACAAGCGACUGCAUGCAUGUGUACACGGACAGGAGCAUGCUGACGUGAAUAUCCAUGUGUGAACUCUACACAUGCAUGCGUGUCUGCGUGUGUGUGUGUGUGUGUGUGUGUGUUUAUUCGGUAAAAAUGAGGAAUGCAGUUCAUUUCUAGUGGGGGGGCGGUGUGUGUCGUUCAUUCCCCCCCAUGUUGGGACGGGAUGAGUUGGUUUUUGCAUGUUAAAGACUUGAUGACCUUCUAUGCAGCAGUGCGAUGUUUCCUCCUCACAGGUUGUUGAUGGAUUUGCUUGCCCCCCUCCCCCUCCUCCCUCCCCAAAAUGAUAUAUAUAAAAAAAAAAAACACAUCUGUUGAAUA